CGCUCAGUUACCCCAUUUUUGAGGAGGCGAGCUUACGUCACGGGCUCGUCCACAGUGCUGGAGCUUGAGAUUCACCAUCCACUCAUGCAACCACAAGCACAGGGAGGCAUUGGCGCUGCGAGGGGGUGGAAAAAACAAACAAACAAUCGCUUUUACUUUUUUAAUUUUUCUUUUUAGUUUGGAAUGAACUGAACGGGCCCGGAGACCUGCAGCGCUUCUGGACGAAUCCGGUGGCAUGGUGUGGUGAAACAGACCCCAGCAAGCACAGAGAGACAGAGGUUGCACUGUGCAUCAUGUUUGAAUGCCGAUAAUCAAUUAGUAAUAUACAUGACUGUGCUGCUGCAUUGCCUAUAGCCUCGCCGGGCUGAAGCAAGUCUCCUUUUAUUGCAGAAGCCCGUCUGAAGCGGCCACCGUGCGGGGCUGAGGGUGCAACUGAACGGACAAUCGCAGCCGGACCAUUGAAGGGGUUCGGAUGAGGUGGUUGAUCGGGUUGUUAGGUUUUAGAAAUCCAGCCAACUUUUCCUCUAUUCCUUUCUAACAGCAGUGCCAUCAAGCAUUGCUCAGGAGAUGGCGAUGAGGUUGUUCUACUUGGGAUUUAUACUCUGCUUGGAGAUCACAUCUCCUAACGGUGCAACCGUAGCUCCCAAAGCUGACGACCAGCCCAAGACCUGCAGCUCUAAGCAGUUUGUAUGUAAGGACCAGGUGACCUGUAUCUCCAAAGGCUGGCGCUGCGAUGGGGAGAAGGACUGUCCAGAUGGCUCGGACGAAUCGCCAGAUAUCUGCUCACACAACAGGGCGAACCAGUGUCCUGUCAAUGAACAUGGGUGCCUGGACCCGGAUGUGUGUAUCCAUAUGAGCAAAGUGUGUGAUGGUGUCCCCGACUGCACCGAUGGCUGGGAUGAGGGGCCUCACUGCAGAGAUCAAGCACCAGGCUGUGCCUCCCAUGGGUGCCAGUUUCACUGUGCUGUGACUCAUGAUGGGCCUCUGUGCUACUGUAGCAAUGGCUACGAGGUUGCUGCAGAUGGAAAGACAUGUAAAGAUUUCAAUGAGUGCAAUGUGUAUGGCACUUGCAGUCAGACGUGCACAAACACUGAGGGUUCCUACACCUGCAGCUGUGUGGAGGGCUACCUGCUGCAGCCAGACAACCGCUCCUGCAAAGCCAAAAAUGAGCCGGUGGAUCGUCUCCCCAUGCUGUUGAUUGCUAACCUCCAUGACAUCCGCUGCACCUCCCUGAGCGGCUCCACGUCCCGGCUGCCCUCCAUUGCCACCAAGCAGACCAUGGCUAUGGACUUCAUCUAUGCCGAGGAGACCGUCUGCUGGAUAGAUGUGGGUGACACCCCCGCUGCCACUCAGCUGAAGUGCGCCAGCAUCCCUGACCUCAAGACUGUCACUAACAUCCAUACCAUCAACAUCUCCCUCAGCCUGCACCAUGUGGAGCAGAUGGCUAUCGACUGGCUGACCGGAAACUUCUACUUUGUGGAUGAUGUGGACGACCGGGUGUUUGUCUGCAAUAAGAACGGCCAGACGUGUGUGACCCUGCUGGACCAAGAGCUGUACAACCCUAAAGGCAUCGCCUUGGAUCCGGCCAUGGGCAAAGUGUUCUUCACAGACUAUGGAUCUACGCCGAGGGUGGAGCGCUGUGACAUGGAUGGUCAGAACCGCACUAAGCUGGUGGACAGCAAGAUUGUCUUCCCCCAUGGUAUCACACUGGACCUGGUCAACCGGUUGGUGUACUGGGCUGACGCCUACCUGGACUACAUCGAAGUGGUCGACUAUGAGGGCAAGAACCGACACACCAUCAUCCAGGGCCUGCUGAUUGAGCACCUGUAUGGGCUGACUGUAUUUGAGAACUACCUGUAUGCCACCAACUCAGACGAAGGCAAUCUCAACCCCAAGACCAGUGUGAUCCGAGUGAACCGCUUUAACAGCUCCGACUUCCAGGUGGUGACGCGGGUAGACCGGGGAGCUGCACUGCACGUGUACCACCAGAGGCGCCAACCUCAAGUGCGCAGCCAUGCAUGUGCCCUGGAUCAGUUUGGGAAGGCUGGAGGUUGCUCUGAUAUCUGUCUGCUGAGUAACAGCCACAAGACCCGUACGUGCCGCUGUCGCUCUGGAUUCAGCCUUGGCAGCGAUGGGAAGUCCUGCAAGAAACCAGACCAUGAGUUGUUCUUGGUGUAUGGUAAGGGUCGUCCUGGAAUCAUCAGGGGCAUGGACAUGAAUGCAAAGGUGCCCGAUGAGUACAUGAUUCCCAUUGAGAACCUAAUGAAUCCCCGAGCACUGGAUUUCCACGCUGCUAGUGAAUUUAUCUACUUUGCUGAUGCCACCAGCUACAUUAUUGGCCGACAGAAGAUAGAUGGCACAGAGAGAGACACCAUACUAAAGGAAGGUAUUCACACAGUAGAGGGGAUAGCAGUAGACUGGAUGGGAGGUAAUCUCUACUGGACAGAUGAUGGGCCUAAGAAGACUAUCAGUGUUGCCAGGCUGGAGAAGGCUUCUCAGACCCGCAAGACUCUCAUUGAGGGCAAGAUGAGCCACCCUCGUGCAAUUGUGGUUGACCCCCAGCAUGGAUGGAUGUACUGGACUGACUGGGAGGAGGACCCCACAGAGAGCAACAGAGGGAAGAUCAAGAAAGCUUGGAUGGAUGGUUCCCAUCACCAAGUGUUCCUGACCAGCAAGACGGUGCUGUGGCCUAAUGGCUUGAGUCUGGACAUUCCCCAGGGCAUCCUGUACUGGGUGGAUGCUUACUACGACCGUAUUGAGUUGUUUUACCUCAACACCACUGAGCGAAAGGUGGUUUAUGAGGGGCAGGAGCUUAACCACGCCUUUGGCUUAUGUCAUUACAAGCAAUUUCUUUUUUGGAAUGAGUACCGUGGCGGCAGCAUCUACAAACUGGACCAGGUCACUAAGACGGUCACCCUACUCCGCAAUGAGAGGCCACCCAUCUUUGAGAUCAGAGUGUAUGAUGCACACCAGCAGCAAGGCACCAAUGCGUGUCGAGUUAACAAUGGUGGCUGUAGCAGUCUGUGCCUUGCUAUUCCUAACGGCAGGUCCUGUGGCUGUGCUGAUGAUCAAAUCCUGGAUGUCGAUAAUGUCACCUGCAAAGCCAACCCCUCCUACGUGCCCCCGCCCCAGUGCCAGCCCGGGGAGUUUGCCUGCAAGAACAACCGCUGCAUCCAAGAGCGCUGGAAGUGUGACGGAGACAACGAUUGUCUGGACAAUAGUGAUGAGGCUCCUGAGCUCUGCCACCAGCACACCUGCCCAGCUGAUCGAUUUAAAUGCCAGAACAACCGCUGUAUCCCUCUGCGGUGGCUGUGUGACGGCGACAAUGACUGCGGCAAUGAUGAAGAUGAAUCCAACACCACCUGCUCUGCUCGCACAUGCCCACCGAACCAGUACCCUUGCGCGAGUGGGCGCUGCAUCCCCAUCUCCUGGACAUGUGACCUGGAUGACGACUGUGGAGACCGCUCAGAUGAACCAGACUCCUGUGCCUACCCAACCUGCUUCCCUCUGACCCAGUUCACCUGCGCCAAUGGCCGCUGCAUCAACAUCAACUGGCGCUGUGACAACGACAAUGACUGUGGGGAUAACAGUGAUGAAGCCGGCUGCAGCCAUUCCUGCUCCAGUGUCCAGUUUAAAUGUAACAGUGGCCGCUGCAUCCCAGAAUACUGGACCUGUGACGGCGACAAUGACUGUGGAGACUACAGUGACGAGACUCAUGCCAACUGUACCAACCAGGCUACCCGUCCUCCAGGCGGCUGCCAUGUAGAUGAGUUCCAGUGUCGGAUGGACGGCCUGUGCAUUCCCAUGCGCUGGUGCUGUGACGGGGACACAGAUUGUAUGGACCUGAGUGAUGAGAGCAACUGCGAGGGUGUGACCCACAUGUGUGAUCCAGCAGUCAAGUUUAGCUGCAGGGACUCUGCUCGCUGCAUUAGCAAGGCCUGGGUGUGUGAUGGUGACAGUGACUGUGAGGACAAUUCGGAUGAGGACAACUGUGAGGCGUUGGUGUGCAAGUUGUCUCACCACAUGUGUGCUACCAACGACUCCAUCUGUCUGCCUGCUGAGAAGCUGUGUGAUGGCACUGACGAUUGUCCGGAUGGCUCUGAUGAGAAACUUUGUGACUUGUGUUCAUUGGACAAUGGUGGCUGUAGCCACAACUGCAGCAUAAUUCCUGGGGAGGGCUUCAUGUGCUCUUGUCCCCUGGGCAUGGAGCUGGGAGCCGACAACAAGACCUGCCAGAUCCAGAGCUUCUGUCCCAAACACCUCAAGUGUAGCCAGAAGUGCGAGCAGGAGAAAUCCAGCGUCAAGUGCUCCUGCUACGAGGGCUGGGAGUUGGAGUCUGACAUGGAGAGCUGCAAAAGCACUGAUCCCUUCAAGCCUUUCAUCAUCUUCUCCAAUCGCCAUGAGAUCAGAAGGAUUGAUCUUCACAAGGGGGAGUUCAGUGUGCUAGUACCAGGCCUGAGGAACACCAUCGCCUUGGACUUCCACCUCAACGAGAGCACCCUUUACUGGACUGAUGUCGUAGAGGACAAGAUCUACCGCGGGAAACUAUCUGAAAAUGGAGCCCUGACCAGUUUUGAGGUGGUGAUCCAGUAUGGACUGGCUACUCCAGAGGGCCUGGCUGUGGACUGGAUAGCAGGAAACAUCUACUGGGUGGAGAGCAAUCUGGACCAGAUAGAGGUGGCCAAACUGGAUGGGACCAUGAGAACCACCCUACUGGCUGGAGAGGUGGAGCACCCAAGGGCCAUCGCCCUAGACCCUCGAGAUGGUAUUCUAUUUUGGACAGACUGGGAUGCCAGUCUGCCCAGGAUUGAGGCAGCAUCUAUGAGUGGUGAAGGCAGACGCACCAUCCACAGGGAAACAGGCAGUGGCGGCUGGCCCAACGGACUCACUGUGGACUACAUGGAAAGACGCAUUGUCUGGAUUGAUGCCAGGUCAGAUGCUAUCUACUCUGCUAUGUACGACGGUUCUGGGCUGAUUGAAGUGUUACGGGGUCAUGAGUAUUUGUCCCACCCCUUUGCUGUCACCAUGUAUGGAGGAGAGGUCUACUGGACUGACUGGAGGACUAAUACGCUAGCAAAAGCCAACAAAUGGACAGGACACAAGGUCACUGUAGUCCAGCGCACCAACACACAGCCCUUUGACCUGCAGGUCUAUCACCCGUCCAGACAACCCCAGGCUCCUAACCCAUGUGCCACCAGUGAUGGUAAAGGGCCUUGCUCCCACCUCUGUCUCAUCAACUUCAACCAGACCUUCUCCUGUGCCUGCCCUCACCUCAUGAAGCUGCAGCGUGACAAACGCACCUGCAAAGAGUCCCGCAAGUUCCUUCUAUAUGCUCGUCAAAUUGAGAUCCGGGGUGUAGACAUUGACAACCCCUACUACAACUACAUCAUCUCCUUCACCGUGCCGGACAUAGACAAUGUGACAGUGGUGGACUAUGAUGCUGUGGAGCAUCGCAUCUACUGGUCAGAUGUCCGAACGCAGACGAUCAAGAGAGCUUUCAUUAACGGCACAGGGGUUGAGACUGUUGUGUCUGCUGACCUUCCCAAUGCUCAUGGGCUGGCAGUAGACUGGGUGUCGAGAAACCUCUUCUGGACCAGCUAUGAUGCCAAUAAAAAGCAGAUCAAUGUGGCCAGACUGGAUGGAUCUUUCAAGAAUGCUGUCAUCCAGGGCUUAGACAAGCCCCACUGUCUGGUGGUACAUCCUCUACUGGGGAAGCUAUUCUGGACUGACGGUGACAACAUAAGUAUGGCUAACAUGGAUGGUAGCAACCACACCACACUUUUCACCAAUCAAAAAGGACCAGUAGGCCUCUCUAUUGACUAUGAAAAAGAGCAGCUGUACUGGAUCAGCUCAGGAAACAGCACCAUUAACCGCUGUCAGCUGGAUGGAAGUAAACUAGAGAUCCUGGAAGGUGUUAAAGGCAAACUUACCAAGGCUACUGCAUUGGCUAUUAUGGGAGACAAGCUGUGGUGGGCAGACCAGGGAACUGACCAGAUAGGAACAUGUGACAAGAAGGAUGGGGGCAAUUGGAAGGUUUUGCGAAACAACACCUCGCCUAUGAUGCACAUGAGGAUCUAUGAUGAGGAUGUGCAGAAAGCGGGUAUCAACCUAUGCAGUAACAACAAUGGCGACUGCUCCCAGCUGUGUCUGCCCACCUCACCAACAACCAGGGCCUGCAUGUGCACUGCAGGAUACAGCCUCAAGACAGGACAGCAGUCCUGUGAAGGUAUGGGCUCUUUCCUGCUUUACUCUGUUCAUGAGGGAAUCAGAGGAAUUCCACUCGACCCGGCAGACAAAUCUGACGCCUUGGUGCCAGUGUCUGGCACCUCUCUGGCUGUUGGCAUCGACUUCCACGCUGAGAAUGACACCAUCUACUGGGUGGACAUGGGCCUAAGCACCAUCAGCAGGGCUAAGAGAGACCAGACAUGGAGAGAAGAUGUGGUCACCAACGGCAUUGGCAGGGUGGAGGGCAUCACCGUUGACUGGAUAGCAGGAAAUAUUUACUGGACUGACCAGGGCUUUGAUGUGAUCGAGGUGGCCAGGCUGAAUGGCUCCUUCCGUUAUGUAGUAAUUUCUCAGGGCCUGGACAAACCCAGAGCCAUCACUGUCCACCCAGUUAAAGGGUAUCUGUUCUGGACUGAGUGGGGUCAGUACCCUCGUAUUGAGCGCUCUAGGUUGGAUGGCACCCAGAGGUUGGUCCUGGUCAAUGUGAGCAUCAGUUGGCCCAAUGGAAUCUCCGUUGACUACGAGGAGGGUCUGCUGUAUUGGUGCGAUGCCAGGACAGACAAGAUUGAGCGUAUCAACCUGGAGACUGGAGAGAACAGGGAGCUGGUGUUGGCCAACAACAACAUGGACAUGUUUGCUGUGUCUGUUUUUGAGGAAUACAUUUAUUGGAGUGACAGGACUCAUGCCAAUGGCUCCAUUAAGAGAGGCAGCAAAGACAACGCUACAGAUGCUGUGCAGCUCAGGACUGGCAUUGGUGUACAGUUGAAAGACAUCAAGGUUUUCAACAGGGCCAGGCAGCAAGGCACCAACGUCUGCAAAGACAAAAACGGCGGCUGUGAACAGCUGUGUCUUUACCGUGGCAACGCGGAGCGCACCUGCGCCUGUGCUCAUGGCAUGCUGGCAGAGGACAACCGUGGUUGUCGUGACUAUGACGGAUACCUGCUGUACUCUGAGCGUACCAUUCUGAAAAGCAUCCACCUGUCCGACGAGACAAACCUCAACGCGCCAAUAAAGCCGUUUGAGGACCCUGACCACAUGAAAAAUGUCAUCGCCCUCAGCUAUGACUAUCAUGGCGGUGGAGGGAAGGGAGCCAACCGCAUCUUCUUCAGCGACAUCCACUUUGGCAACAUCCAGCAGAUCAACGAUGAUGGCACAGACCGCAAGAUUGUGGUGGACAAUGUAGGGUCAGUUGAGGGCCUGGCAUACCACCGUGGUUGGGAUACACUCUACUGGACCAGUUACACAACCUCCACCAUCACUCGCCACACCGUGGACCAGAGCCGCUCUGUGGCCUAUAACCGCAACACUGUGGUCACUAUGUCUGGAGAAGACCACCCCAGAGCCUUUGUGCUGGAUGAGUGUCAGGAUAUUAUGUUCUGGACCAACUGGAAUGAGCAGGCUCCCAGCAUCAUGAGGGCCUCUCUGAAUGGAGCCAAUGUGCUCGUGAUCAUCGGCAGUGACAUUAAAACUCCUAACGGCCUGGCCAUUGAUCACCGUGCUGAGAAACUCUACUUCUCUGACGCCACACUAGACAAGAUUGAACGCUGCGAAUAUGAUGGAAGCAGCCGUUAUGUCUUGUUGAAGAAUGAGCCUGUCCAUCCGUUCGGCCUGGCUGUGUAUGGAGACUACAUCUUCUGGACUGACUGGGUGAGGAGGGCCGUCCUUAGAGCUGAUAAAUACACUGGAGGAGACAUGAAAGUGCUGCGUGCUGACAUCCCUCAGCAGCCAAUGGGCAUUGUUGCUGUGGCUAAUGACACCAACAGCUGUGAGUUCUCUCCUUGCCGAACAAAUAACGGAGGUUGCCAAGACCUGUGUCUACCCACAUCUGAUGGACGGGUCAACUGCAGUUGCCGUGGAGACAGACAACUUCUGGAAGACAACACCUGCUCUUCACUGAAUAUGUCAUGUGGAAGUGUGGAUGACUUUGAGUGUGGAAACGGCGACUGUAUCAACUACAGCCUGACCUGCGAUGGCAUGGCCCACUGCAAAGACAAGUCUGAUGAAAAGCAGUCCUAUUGCACCAAUCGAAUUUGUAAGAAAGGCUACAGACGCUGCAUGAAUGGCCGCUGUAUCGGCCACCAGUUCUGGUGUGAUGGCACAGAUGACUGUGGUGACCACUCAGAUGAACUGCCCUGCAACAUGACCUUGUGCAAAGCAGGAGAGUUCCAGUGCAAAGAUGGAAGCUGUAUCUCCAACUUCAGCCGCUGUGACCAGGUGGUCAACUGUGAGGAUGCUGGUGAUGAAAUGAACUGCCAACCCACCGAUUGCUCCCGUUUCUUCCGCCUGGGAGUGAAAGGAGCGUCCUUCCAGAGCUGUGAGAAAACUACUCUGUGUUAUCUGUCGUCAUGGGUUUGUGAUGGCAACAACGACUGUGGAGACUUUUCAGAUGAGAGAAACUGCCCAGAUAAAAGGAAGCUUAAAUGUCCAGUCAACUUCUUUGCUUGUCCCAGUGGUCGCUGCAUUCCUAUGAGCUGGACCUGUGAUAAGGAGAAUGACUGUGAGAAUGGAGCUGAUGAGACACACUGUGACAAAUUUUGUACAUACACCCAGUUUGAAUGUGGGAACCACCGCUGCAUUUCCUCCCACUGGGUGUGUGACGGCUCUGAUGACUGUGGUGAUGGCUCUGAUGAGGACCAGAAGUGCAAAUCCAAGACCUGCAGUCCUGAGGCUUUCCAGUGUCCCGGCUCCCACAUGUGUGUGCCUCAACGCUGGAAGUGUGAUGGAGACAAGGACUGUCCUGAUGGAGCUGAUGAGAGUGUCAAGGCUGGCUGCAUGUACACCAACAACACUUGUGAUGUCGAGAAUGAGUUCAUGUGCCAGAACAGACAGUGUAUCCCCAAGCACUUUGUGUGCGAUCAUGACAUCGACUGCUCCGACGGCUCAGAUGAAUCCCCAGAAUGUGAAUACCCAACAUGUGGUCCAGAUGAGUUCCGCUGUGCCAACGGCCGCUGCCUCAACCAGAAGAAAUGGGAGUGUGACGGAGAGUUUGACUGUCAGGAUCGCUCUGAUGAGGCUCCCAAGAACCCUCGCUGCACUGACUCAGAGAGGACAUGUAAUGACUCAGCCUUUAUGUGCCGUAAUGGGAAGUGUUUGAAUGAGACUCUGUUGUGUGACCGCAAUGAUGACUGUGGUGACGGCUCUGAUGAACUCAACUGCUUCAUCAACGAGUGUCUCAACAGUAAGCUGAGUGGCUGCUCUCAGCUUUGUGAUGACCUCAAGAUUGGCUUCAAGUGCAGGUGUCAUCCUGGUUUCCAGCUUAAGCGGGAUGGGAAGACGUGUGUGGAUAUAGACGAGUGCACAACCACCUACCCCUGUUCUCAGCGCUGCAUCAACACACACGGCAGCUUCCACUGUCUCUGUGUGGAUGGCUUUGAACUCAGCCCCAAUGACCCUACAAUAUGCAAGUCCACAUCAGAAGAGGAACCCUACUUGAUCUUUGCUAACCGGUACUACCUGAGAAAACUCAACCUGGAUGGUUCCAAUUACACUCUUAUAAAACAGGGUCUGAAUAAUGCAGUGGCACUGGACUUCCACUAUGCAAAGCAGAUGAUCUACUGGACAGAUGUGACCACUCAAGGCAGCAUGAUCCGACGCAUGCAUAUGAACGGCAGCAAUAUCGAGGUUUUGCACCGGACCUCCCUGAGUAACCCAGAUGGCUUGGCAGUGGAUUGGGUUGGCGGGAACUUGUACUGGUGUGACAAAGGCCGGGACACCAUUGAGGUGUCAAAACUCAAUGGGGCCUACCGGACUGUGCUGGUCAACAGUGGCCUGAGGGAACCUCGUGCUGUGGCUGUGGAUGUACGCUAUGGGUACCUGUAUUGGUCUGACUGGGGCGACAACCCUCACAUUGGGAGAAUCGGGAUGGACGGCACCAACAGAAGUGUUAUUGUAGAGGAUAAGAUCACGUGGCCCAAUGGACUAACCCUGGACUUCAUCAAUGACCGUAUAUAUUGGGCUGAUGCCAGGGAGGACUACAUUGAGUUUGCCAGCCUGGAUGGCACCAACAGACACACAGUUCUCAGCCAGGACAUCCCCCACAUCUUUGCCAUGACUCUCUUUGAGGAGUAUAUCUACUGGACCGACUGGGAGACAAAGUCCAUCAACAGAGCUCAUAAGAGUCUGGGUACCAACAAGACCACCCUGAUCAGCACCCUGCAUCGGCCCAUGGACAUCCACAUUUACCAUCCCUAUCGCCAGCCUGAGGUGCUCAACCACCCGUGCCAGACGAACAACGGCGGCUGCAGUAACCUCUGCCUCCUCUCUCCUGGAGGAGGCUACAAAUGUGCCUGUCCCACCAACUUCUACCUGGCCAAUGAUCAGCGUACUUGCAUGUCCAACUGUACAGCCAGUCAGUUUGUGUGCAAGAACGACAAGUGCAUUCCUUUCUGGUGGAAAUGUGACACAGAGGAUGAUUGCGGUGACCGGUCGGAUGAGCCAGCAGACUGCCCUGAGUUUAAAUGCAGGCCGGGCCAGUUUCAGUGUGGCACAGGCAUCUGCACCAACCCUGCCUACAUCUGUGAUGGUGACAACGACUGCCAGGACAACUCAGACGAGGCUAACUGCGAUAUUCACGUUUGCCUGCCCAGCCAGUUCAAAUGUUCCCACCCAAGCCGCUGCAUCCCAGGUAUCUUCCGCUGUAACGGCCAGGACAACUGCGGAGAAGGAGAGGAUGAGAAGGACUGCCCUGAGGUCACGUGUGCGCCCACUCAGUUCCAGUGUGCCAUCACCAAACGCUGCAUACCUCGUGUCUGGGUGUGUGACCGCGACAAUGACUGUGUGGACGGAUCUGAUGAACCCGCCAAUUGCACCCAGAUGACUUGUGGUGUGGACGAGUUCCGAUGUAAAGACUCUGGACGCUGCAUCCCUGCUCGGUGGAAGUGUGACGGCGAGGACGACUGUGGCGAUGCGUCAGAUGAACCAAAAGAGGAGUGUGCUGAGAGGACAUGUGAACCGUACCAGUUCAGAUGUAAGAAUAACCGCUGUGUGCCGGGCCGCUGGCAGUGUGACUACGACAAUGACUGUGGGGACAACUCUGAUGAAGACAAGUGUAUGCCUCGACAAUGUUCAGAAAGUGAGUUUGCCUGCACGAAUGGCCGCUGUAUUGCCGGGAGGUGGAAGUGCGAUGGAGACCAUGACUGUGCCGAUGGAUCUGAUGAGCAUGGCUGUGAUCUGAAGUGUGACAACGACCAGUUCCAGUGUAAGAACGGACACUGUAUCCCCAUCCGCUGGCGGUGUGAUGCUGAUCCUGACUGCAUGGACGGCAGUGAUGAGGAUAAUUGUGGCAGUGCUGCUGGGCGUCACUGCCCUCUGGAUGAGUUCCAGUGUAACAACACUUUGUGUAAACCCCUCGCAUGGAAGUGUGACGGGGAGGACGACUGUGGGGACAACUCUGACGAGAAUCCUGAAGAGUGCAGGAAGUUCCAGUGUCCUCCCACCAGAGUUUUCCGCUGCCGAAACGACCGUGUAUGUCUGCAAGUGUCAAAGAGGUGUGAUGGUGUCAAUAACUGCGGCGACAACUCAGAUGAACUGAACUGCCCGGCCCUUCCAGCUGUUCCCACAUGUGAGAAGGAUGAGUUUCUGUGUGCCAAUGGCAGAUGCAUCAGCUCCACUCUGCGUUGUAACUUCUUUAACGACUGUGAGGACUAUGGCUCUGAUGAGAUCAACUGCAAGACAGACACCAAACUAAAUGACUGCAGGAGUAACAGGACUCAGUGUGGUGAUGGAGACGAGGCUCACUGCGUCACCAACAGCACAGACUCCUUCUGCUCCUGCAAACCAGGCUUCCAGAAGACAGGACACCACACCUGUGGAGAUAAGAAUGAGUGUCUGCAGUUUGGAGUGUGUUCCCACAUCUGCAACAACACCAAAGGCUCCUACAAAUGCAGCUGCUACAAGUACUUCACCAGGAUCAAUGACACCUGCAAGGCUGACAGCAUGAACAGCAGUCGGCAGAUUCUCUACAUAGCCGACGACAAUGAAAUCCGCAGCCUGGACCCUGGCAUGCCCAACUGGCGCUAUGAGCAGACCUUCCAGGGCGAUGCCAGUGUGCGUAUUGAUGCGAUGGACCUGCACGUCAAGACCAACCGCAUCUUCUGGACCAAUUGGCACACAGGCCGCAUCUCUUCCUAUGAACUUCCAGGACCGUCCACAUUGUCAACCUCCUCCAACUCUCAGAGUGAGGGCCGGAUCACCAACCUGCAGAUCAAAGAGCUGAAGAUGCCUCGUGGUAUAGCGGUGGACUGGGUGGCUGGUAACCUGUACUGGACCGACUCUGGACGAGAUGUAAUCGAAGUGGCUCAGAUGUCAGGCCAGCAUUGCAAGACCCUUAUCUCUGGCAUGAUAGACGAGCCUUACGCCAUCGUAGUGGAUCCACAGAGAGGUACCAUGUAUUGGGCAGACUGGGGGAACCACCCUAAAAUUGAGACAGCUGCCAUGGACGGCACUCUGAGACAAACUCUAGUUCAUGAGAAUAUCCAGUGGCCCACAGGUUUGGCUGUGGAUUACUUCAAUGAGCGUCUUUACUGGGCUGAUGCUAAACUCUCAGUGAUUGGCAGUGUUCGUCUGGAUGGCUCUGAUCCUGUCAUUGCUGUCUCCGGCAUCAAAAACAACCUGCUCCAUCCAUUCAGCAUAGAUAUCUUUGAGGACUACAUAUACGGGGUUACCUAUAUCAAUAACGUUGUCUUCCGGGUCAACAAGUUUGGCAAAGGCUCCAUGGAGAAUCUGACCACAGGCAUCAACCAUGCUACUGACAUAGUCCUCUACCACCGUUACAAGCAGCCAGAGAUGACUAACCCAUGUGACAGAAAGAAGUGUGAGUGGCUGUGCCUGCUCAGCCCCAGUGGACCGGUGUGUACCUGCCCUAACAACUACGUGGCCGACAACGGCACAUGUGCAGAGAGACCGAGCCCUACCCAGGCACCAUUCUCUCCCCCCUCGGGGCCCUGUGAUAUUCAGUGUCAGAACGGCGGGAGCUGCUUCCUCAAUGCCCGUCAGGUGGCCAAGUGUCGCUGCCAGCCCAGCUACACCGGAGAAAGAUGUGAGAUCAACCAGUGCAGGGACUACUGCAAGAACGGAGGCACAUGCACUGCUUCUCAUACAGGUGCUCCAACCUGCAGAUGUCCAAAGGGGUUCACAGGGCCCAACUGUAACCGCCACACUUGUCAGGACUACUGCCUGAACGGAGGCAACUGCUCUGUCAACAUGGGCAACCAGCCAACCUGUAGCUGCCCACCAGAGUACCAGGGAGACCAGUGCCAGUACAGUAAAUGUGAAGGGUUCUGUCACAACGGUGGAACCUGCUUAAAAACCUCCAACGACACCAAACUCUGCCUGUGCACCACUCAGUACAUCGGACACCAGUGUGAGCUGGACAAAUGUCAGUUCUGCGGAACGGGCAAGUGUUUGACGUCAUCCUCAGGCGAGGUUUCCUGCAGCUGUCCCAACGGUCAGACCCAACCCAGCUGCUAUACCUGUUUGGACUACUGCACUAACGGACAAUGUUCAGUUGACACUCGCACACUGCUGCCUCAGUGCAAGUGUCCUGCGGGAUGGAGGGGAUACAGAUGUGAAGUUGCAGCAGCUUCUAUGGAUUCUUCUGCUUCCAGUGGAAGUACUGCCUCCAUCGUCAUUCCAGUGCUUCUGCUGCUGUUACUGGCACUUCUUGUGGUCGGUGCCAUCUUGUGGUACAAGCGGAGAAUGCGCGGUGCAAAGGGCUUCCAGCACCACCGAAUGACAAACGGAGCCAUGAAUGUUGAGAUUGGGAACCCUGCCUAUAAGAUCUAUGAAGGAGACCCUGACGAUGACGCUGGGGAGCUCCUGGAUUCAGACUUUGCUUUGGACCCAGACAAGCCCACCAACUUCACCAACCCAGUGUAUGCCACCCUGUACAUGGGCGCCCACAACAGCCACAACUCUCUGGCCAGCACAGAUGAAAAGAAGGAGCUUCUCUCCCAGGGCGACGAGGACAUGAGUGACCCGCUGGCAUAGAGCUUGGCAAUGGACUGAACUCUGCCGACAUUGCCCUGCCCAACCCAGUGCUGAGCCAACGAGCUCUCUCAUCUUAUGCCUUUACCAACUGAAAAGAAAAGCCACAAAAAAAGCAAGAACACUGUAUAAAAUGUAUAAAAUGAAGGACUACUUUUUUAAGUGAUUGCAGUAUUAUAUUUUGUUCUUCAUCCUCUGAUGACGAAAAGGAACCAUUUUAUAGACAUUUAUUCAGUUCUUCUUUUUAAUUUUGCUCACCUCCUCCUCACAACUCUCCCUCCCCUCUCACUCAUAUAGCCACUACCUCUGUGCAAAUGUAAAAGAUAGAGAGAUAAAAAUGGCAGUGGAACAAUUUUUAUUUUUUAUUUUUGUAUGAACUGUAUAGGGGGGAAAAAAAGAAUAUUGUUCCAUCCUAGAAAACGUUGCCAAGUCUUGUUGUUCAUGAAAGAGAGGAGAAGUGUCAGUGCUCACUAUGAAUGCUUCCUGGAUGCUGGUUCGGCUCAGUCUUUCACAUUAUGUGUAUAUGUACGUUCGCUGCUGGAGGUCUAAUGGGAGACCGAGGCUGGGAGAGAAAUGUGAAGUUGUUAUACUGCACAUGUACACAUGGAGGACUCAGCAUUGCAGACGGUGUCUGUUCUGUCGUCUCAAAGAACUACAUUCAAGUGAUUGUCUUUUACCUACUUGCACAGACUAAAGUUAUAUAUUUGCAUAUAUAUAAACCUAUUAAAGUGUCUUGAAAAUAUACCCAGGAAUACAAACAUCAGUAAGAAAUAGCAGUCUUUACUUUUUAACAGUUUUUUUUUAAUCAUUGUAUAAUUGACAUACUUUGUGUCAGCAAUGAAUGAGUCAAUGGCAGUGUGUGAGUGCGCUGGAUGAAGAUGAUUGUAAUAAAGUCCACAUUCCAGGAUGAAAAGUCUGGGAUGAAUAUCCGUGGCCUUGGUUUAGCCUACUGCAGGACACUGUGGACAGGAGCCGGAUUUUGUUCUGGAACUGUUCUCGAAAGUUCUUUUUGGGAGUGAUGGCAAGCUUCUGUGAAUUUUCCGGUCAUCACUGAAAAACAAUCUGCGACUAAUAAUUACCUGAGAAUGGUUGCAUUUAGCUUUUGUUCCUUGUCUUUUGAUUGUCAAUGUACUUUCAGGAAAGGCCAGGGAGACUGUUUGAUGGUAUGUACUUCUGUGGGAGAGUUUUUUUCUUUCUUUGUUUUUUUUUUUUUUAUUGUAUGUAAUUACAUGGACAUGUAAUUUAGGGUAAUGCUCAUUGUAAAGUGCAUUCCUAGGAAGGGGGCUGAUCAGCUUCCUGAUAAGCAUUCCUUUUUUAAUUUCUUUGCCUUGCUGCUAAUGCUAACCAUCUUGUCUGUCUUUCAAACUGGUUUUUAGUCUUAAAAGUGUUGCUCUCUCUGUGUGUCUCACUGCUCACCACGCUGCUUUUAACUGAGCUUAUCAGCCAUACCUGCCAUAUCACUCUGCAUGGUGCUCACACACACACCCAUCCUAAAGGAAACUCUCUGGCUUUGCCCCUCACUUGUUAACAGUAUUCAUGACUUUUUUUAGUUUUUACAUCCUGCUUUGUUAGAUUUUCACCUGAUCAUGUAAAUUAUAAUAAUCAUUUUUCAGUUGGAGAAUUUCUUUUGGUGGCAAAAACCCACAUGGAUAUUUGUGGUUCUGAUUGUUUUGUUAUGAUUCUAUUUCUUUUUGAUAUAAGAAAUUAAAUGGAUUUUUAUAGUAGAAA